AUGGGGACCCGGCGGCAGCACAUUGUGGGCACUACGCACUUCGGACUGCUCUACGUCAGCUAUGAUGAAGGAUCUCUCAUUCAGCCGUGGGAGCAAAGGCUAGAGAGCGUUAGGGCCAAAGCUAUCACCGCUGUUCAAGUCCAUGAUCAGGACGGCAAAGGGACUUACCGCAGCAUCGAGGCUAGCUACUGCCCCGAAGCAUGCAAGUCUGCGAUAUUGAUUCGCCUUGAAGCAUACGCCAGCAUUAUCGCGAUCAACAGAAAGCUGGUGCUAGCAUUGGUGCUGGCCUGCGUUCUGGCAGUGCUAGGCAUCGCGUGGUACGCUUUCAUAGAUGAAAGCGUCAUUGUAACUGCGGGACUGUGGGCAUUGGCGGCCGGUCUGAUAGCCGGCUCCACGCACCACUGGUCAGGACGCAUGCGUACCGUCUGGACUACAAUCAUCUUCUCGCAACAGAUACCUUUUCCGCACGAUGGGCAGAAUGUGCGAUACACGUACAUGGUUGCUGCGGUACUAGCGUGCAACGCAGUGUUGCUAUCAUUAUGCGGCGGAAUCUGCGCCUGGUUGCACACUUAUCGGAUGAAGAGGUCGCUACAAGCGCACCUGAGAAGGCAGCAGGACGCCACGGACCCCUUCAACGACCCCACGUCGUUCAACAUGUUCCAGCAGGGCAUGCCGUCGGCGCCGCCGGCCGCACCGCCACAGGCGGGGCUGAACCCCGGCCAGCUAUUUUCGGGCAUCGGUUUCAACCAAUCACAGCAGCCAGACUACCAGUACCAGGCGAACUCCUCCACGGGCCCUUCCAUGUGGAACACGAAUCUGUCUUACUAG